GCAGCAACCUCUGCCUGCAAACCGGCGUCCAGCUCGGCCUCCCCUGCCCACCAUUUUCGCCACCGCAGCCCACGCCUCCGUAUAAAUUCGCAAUCAGUCCCCCCCAUCCCUCUCAUUCCUCGGCCACAGAGCCACGCCUCGCCGGGCGCCCCCGAAAGGUUUCCGCUAUUCGCGAGCAGGUCCCCCUCCCUGCUGUGCCCCGCCCGGCCCCUGGACCAUGGAGAGGCGGCAGGGCUUCUUCGCGGCGCUGCGGGAGGAGGUGGCGCGCGGGCUGUCGCCGGCGCGCGCGCGCCGCAAGUCCGAGGCGGCGGCAGCAGACCUGGCCGCCGCGUUCAGGUUCGCCGGAGGCGGCGGCGGCGGCGGCGAGAUGCUGGCGCCGCUCAUGGAGGGGCCCGAUCUGGAGUCCGGCGACGGGGAGGGCGGCGGCGGCCGGGGAGGCGCGCGCGGGAGGAAGGAAGGGUGGGGGCACUGGGUGCGCGGCCAGCUCGCGCGCGCCCCAUCCGCGGCGGCCGCCGGCGCCGGCGCGCCGCGCAACGACCUCAGGAUGCUCCUCGGCGUCAUGGGCGCGCCGCUUGCGCCCGUUCACGUCUGCACCACCGAGCCGCUCCCGCACCUCAGCGUCAAGGACACCCCCAUCGAGACCUCGUCGGCACACUACAUCCUGCAGCAGUACCUCGCGGCCUCCGGAGGGCACAGGAUUCUGGCGUCCGUGCGCAACGCCUACACCAUGGGCAAGGUGCGCAUGGUGGCAACUGAGCACGAGACCGCCGGCCGCCUCACCAAGAACCGCAAUGCUGGACGCGGCGGCGAGCCCGGUCGCUUCGUGCUGUGGCAGAUGGCUCCAGAAAUGUGGUACAUAGAGCUGGCUGUCGGUGGGAGCAAGGUGCACGCAGGGUGCAAUGGCAAGCUCGUGUGGCGCCACACCCCAUGGCUUGGUGCCCAUGCUGCCAAGGGCCCUGUUCGCCAGCUUCGCCGUGCCCUUCAGGGCUUGGAUCCACUGGUCACAGCAAGCAUAUUUGCUGGUGCACGGUGCAUCGGGGAGAAAAAGGUGAAUGGGGAGGAUUGCUUCAUCCUGAAGCUGAGCACAGACGCUGAGACCCUUAAGGCACGCAGCGAAGGCCUUGCAGAAAUGAUCAGGCAUGUCAUGUUUGGGUACUUCAGCCAGAGGACUGGUCUUCUUGUCCACAUCGAGGAUUCACAUCUGACCCGAAUUCAGUCAAACACCGGAGGGGAUGCAGUCUACUGGGAGACUACCAUCAGCUCGUUCAUGGAGGACUACCGUCCAGUGGAUGGUAUAAUGAUCGCGCAUUCUGGUCGCUCAGUUGUGACCCUGUUCCGGUUCGGCGAGGUGGCCAUGAGCCACACCAAGACUAGGAUGGAGGAGGUGUGGAGCAUUGAGGAGGUCGCGUUCAAUGUUCCCGGGUUGUCCAUGGACUGUUUCAUCCCACCCACUGAUAUCAAGUCUGGAUCUGAUGACGAGAUUAUGGAGAUUACCCAUGGCGAGAGGAGCAGGGUGGGCCCUCCCCCAGGCCACCGCGCUAAAGUUGCUGCGCUGGAGAAGGCAGAAGAAGAUAAAGUGGCAUGGGGUGGUGGAACCGUACUCGAAAAUCACAACUGAUCUGCAGUCUGUUCAUACUUGGUUCUCGCAGUGCAGCUGCUGACUCUAUUGGAUCUAGUGUAGGAGAGAAACAAGUGAAAUGGGAGGAUUUGGAAGUUUAGUAAAUCCAAAUGCCUCCUGUGUAUAGGAAGAAGCAUGAGAUUUUCACAAGGUCCUGCAUAUGGUGGAAGCGGAUCUGUGUGAAGCAUCCUUUUCUGAUCUCAUCCAGCGAUAUGGUAGUAGGUAGCCUUAUUUGCUGCUUCAGGCUUUUGUUUUUGUCAGUGCCUAUUAGGUGUGUUCUCCAUCCCAGCUACAUGAGAAGGAUCAUUGUGGUUGGUUCUCUUUUAGCUAUACUAAUUGGUCGCUGCCGUCAGCGGGGAAGAAGGAUUUCCUUGCCGGCAACUGGCAGUGAUAGCUGUCAUUGCAUCCGACUGGCGGUGGUUCAGUGUGCUUUCCUUGGUGAUGGUCUGAUGGAUUCAUGUCAAGCUAACCUCUCAGAGAGAAAGAAAAAAUUGAACAUCUGAAUGGUUGUUGCUUGUGUUUUUGUACUGAGUAGAACCUGUUAGAUGGUUGUUACCCGUGUUUCUUAGGUUUUCUUUUUUUCUUCCUGAAUCUCCUCCCUUUGGCAUCUCUUUAUAUUUUACCAUGAGAUGAAAGGAUGUAGUGUUAAACAGCAGGUCGAUGCAUGUAAUCCCAACCAUGUUUUUAUUUUGAGUUGUCAUGGAUUGAGCUGUGCUUUGUGAA